AUGAAUCUUCAAGAGUUGAAGCAGGAGCUAGCUCGGGUACUAAAACUAAAAAAGUGUCUCAUUGUUCUUGAUGAUAUAUCGUCCACUUCUGAAUGGGAGUUAGUCAAACAGUGUUUAGAUAAUGCUGGAAGGAUCAUAGUCACCACAAGAGAAAAAAGCAUUGCCAAACAUUGUUCAAGAGCAUGUAAGAACAUGUACUGUCUUGAUGGUCUAAAAGAUGAUGCGGCACUUGACCUCUUCACUAAGAAGGUAUUCAAGGACAAUAUUGAAAAAAUUGAUUUCGCCCCAGCUAUGUUGGAGCAAGCAAGGCUUACCCUACAAAAAUGUGAUGGACUUCCCCUUGCAAUAUCAACUAUCGGCGGAUUCCUAGCCACAAAGCCAAAAACUACUAUUGAAUGGAAGAAGAUGAAUGAUAAUAUUAGCACUGAAUUGGUGAUAAAUCCUGAACUUAGGGCAAUAAAGACAAUUCUUAUGAGGAGCUAUGAUGGUUUGCCAUACCAUCUCAAGGCUGCUUUCUUAUACCUGUCCAUAUUUCCAGAAGACCGCAUAAUUAGGUGGGGUCGCUUGGUUAGGCGGUGGAUUGCAGAGGGUUACUCAAGGGACAUGCAUGGCAUGACUGCAAUUGAACUUUGUCGGAGGUACUUUGAUGAGCUGAUGGAUAGGAGUAUGAUCCUGCCAGGGGAAGGGAUAGACCAAUACAGUAGGAAAAAUAAUUCUUGCCAACUUCAUGAUAUGAUCCGUGAAAUUUGCAUCUCAAAGGCCAGGGAGGAAAACCUUGUUUUCACGCUGGAGGAAGGAUGUUGUUUGAGCGACACACAAGGUGCAAUACGUCAUCUUGUGAUAGGCAGCAACUGGAAAAGGGAUAAAGAUGUGUUGGAGAGCAUGCUGGACUUGUCACAUGUACGGUCAUUGACCGUGUUCGGACAGUGGAGAUAUUUUUUCAUUUCUGACAAUAUGAGGUUUCUCCGAGUGCUUGACUUAGAAGACACAUUGGAAUUAAGAAAUCGUCAUCUUGAUAAAAUCGGGCAGCUCCGUCACCUCAAGUAUCUUUCUGUACGAGGAUGUCGCAGGAUUUCAUGCCUGCCUAAUUCUUUGGGGAAUUUGAGGCACCUUGAAACACUGGAUUUUAGAGGUACACGUUUAGGUGUGUUGCCAAAAACAUUCACCAAUCUUCGGAAGCUACAGCACCUUCGUGGAGAUUCUCUUUUCUUGAAACCACAAGUCUUAGAUGCUUGUUUGAAUGGGCAUGGCUUAUUCAAUGUGUACCGCUUCUCUGGAGGGAUUGCUAAACUGAAGGCUCUUCACACACUAGGUAAUGUAUUUGUUUGUCGCGGCAAUGGAAAGGUCACUGUAAAAAAACUCGGAGAGCUUACUCAGCUGCGUAAGCUGAAAGUGAAAGGCAUCAACGACAAAGACAGCUGUGAGUUAUGGUCUGCCAUUGCUGGUCACAGUCAACUCCUAUCUGUGUCAGUUGAAAGUCAGUUAGGUGAUGUACUAGAUGGCUGUUUAGGUAAGGGUUUGACACCACCAAUCCGCCUGGAGAGCCUCACUCUGGAUGGUAGGCUAGUGAAGGCAACAGAAUGGAUCGGUAAGCUUCAGAAUCUCUCCAAGCUGGUGCUAGAGCAUAGCAAACUAAAGCAAGAUGAUGAUACCAUACGAGCCCUUGGGUUUCUGCCAAAUCUUGCAGUACUACGCCUGAAGACUUGUUCAUUCGAGGGGACAAAGCUCCAUUUCCAGAGCUCAUCUUUCCUGAACCUCAUGGUGCUGGAGCUCUAUGUAUUAGAGAACCUUCAGUCGGUGCUGUUUAAAGAAGGCACAAUGCCUAGGCUUGAGCUGCUGCAUGUUGGUGGGUGCCAAGAGCUUAAUGCAUUCUCCGGGAUGGCAGCCCUCACAAGCCUCAAGGGAAUUCGGCUGGAAGGUAGUUAUCGGACUCCCGUCAGUGAAACAUUGAAGAAAGAGGUGGAGAGGCAGGCAGCUGAGCAUAAGAAUCAAGUGAGAGUGAAUGAAUCUUACUGA